AUGGGUUUUGUCUCAAAAAUUAAAAAAGAAAAUCGUGAAAAAUCAGCGAUGCGUUCACUUAGAGCCUGUUGUAACGGCUUGCGGUUUCCGCUGGUGAGGUUCAAGUCUUCCUCGAUUCCUCCGAAAUUGACCCAUGUUCCAAAUAAGUACAAUGCAAAAUCAUCUGCUUUCAACAUCAAACCACAGCUUCCAGACGGCCUUUUCUAUCAUCCAGCACCAUCGGCCCUAGAUCCGGAGGUAACGCCCAAGGCUUUCCUUCCUGACAAUGAUGCCAGGAAAAGCUCAGAGCUGUACUAUCCUGAGGAAAAAACACGCAUAAGCUCUAAUCUGGACAACAUGCCAGUAAUUUUCAAGGCAAGCACGCCAAAAAGUUACAAAUUGAACCGCGAAGAGAUCCAGGAGAUCCAGGAAAUGAGAAACAGAGGAGUUCCAAGGCGCGAGAUCAAGGCCAAAUUUAAGGUGUCAGAUCACUUCAUCAAUAUCUCGACGACGCCUAAUCCAGAAACCGUUGCGAAACAUCAAAAGAAAUUAGAGCAAGCAGUGAGAAGAUGGGAUAGCAGAACAAAGAACGCAAAGUUGAUCAAAUUGAAGCAAGAGGUCAUGUGGAAGAGAGACAUGUGA